AUGAGGUGGACUAGCAUUGGGUGGCUAGCUACGAUAGCUACAGUUACAGCAUCGAUUUCGGUAUUUGACGAUGGUUUUGACGUGGAUACGGGUCCCACAUACGAUAUCUCAGAAAUACAGGAACACCCUAAUUACACGCUCAGAGUGUUCCAGCCACAACUAUCCGAGUCCGAUUACAAGUUUGAUGAUGUCAACUACUAUACCGGCUACUUAGACGUGAAACUGCUGCAGAAACACUUCUUUUACUGGUUCUUUGAGUCGCGCAACGACCCGGCUACUGACCCCGUAAUUCUUUGGCUUAACGGGGGACCAGGGUGUUCGCUGACCACGGGUUUGUUUCGAGAGUUAGGUCCGUCGUUGAUCAAUGCUAACAUUGAGCCUGAGUUUAACCCUUACUCGUGGAAUAAUAAUGCCCUGGUGGUGUUUUUGGACCAACCAGUGGGUGUAGGGUAUUCGUAUACUGACGACCCCUUAGCCUACCACAAUCUGACCUAUGCUGCUGCUAACGAUGUCUACGUGUUUCUUGAACUCUUCUUUAAGCGGUUCCCUCAGUUUCAGGGCAGAGAGUUCCACUUAGCCGGCGAAUCAUAUGGUGGCCACUAUCUCCCUACUUUCGCCCAGGAAGUGCUUAACCACUCAGAGAGAUCAUUCAAUUUGACAUCGGUGAUUAUCGGUAACGGCAACACCAACCCGUUAGUGCAAUGGCCCUAUUUCCAGCCGAUGGUGUGUGGUUUAGGCGGUGUGGCUGCUGUGGUAAAUGCCACUGCGUGUGAACAGAUGACAAUGGAUACUCCCAAAUGUGUCAAGGCCAUAGAGGACUGCUACGCCUCAAAUAACGUCAGCGUGUGUCAGUUUGCCGACCUGUUGUGUGAGGAUCUUAUGCGCUCUGCUUAUAAAGAUACUCACCGUAGUCCCUACGAUAUGCGGUUAAAAUGUGAUGAAGUCGACUGUGAUGAGCUCAGCAAUCGAGUGGUGGAGUUCUUAAGGAAACCUGAAGUGAUUCGCCAAGUAGGGGCCGCCGUCGACGGGUUUGUGCUGUGUAAUCACAGCGUCUCGGAAACGUUUUCGACUACGGCUGACCAUGUACGCCCGUUCCACGAGUAUGUGGCUGAUCUACUUGACAGAGAUAUCCCCGUACUCAUCUAUGCUGGCGAUAAGGACUGGAUUUGCAAUUGGUUGGGUAACGAGGCGUGGACGAAAGUGCUUGAGUGGAAGUACGGUCGCGAGUUUGCCGAAGCCAAACCUCACCAGUGGAUCACUGCUGACGGCGAAGCGGCGGGGCUUGCCACCAACUAUGCCCACUUCCUGUUUGUAAGAGUAUUUGACGCUGGCCACAUGGUACCGUCGGACCAACCCGCCCACGCCUUCGACAUGUUGACCAAAUGGCUCGCCAAGGACUACGCCUUUACGAACAGUUUAACAGGCAACUGA